CGGGCGCAUUUGCUGUAGUGCGCGCGGGAGCCGCGCACGUGUCUCCCGGAGUCUGGGGCUUGAGUUGCUCACCGCUCCCCGCCGGUUCCUCACGCUCCGGAGAUUCGGGGCGGUCUCUCUGCCCCCUUGGUGUUCACCCCUCCCGGCCGGGGUGAGCGGCGUCCGUGUAGAUCCCCCGCGCUCAGUGAGCCAACUUGGUGGAGCAACUUUGAUCCUGGCAGCGGGCGCCGGGGUUACUGCGCAUGCGGAGCUCCAAAUUCAAACAGCUGUUUGCAGUAGCUGCUGGGCGGGCGGACCCUGAUCGGCGGCCGGGGCCGGGGCCGGCUGUGUGUGUGGCAGCGGCCGCUCAGGAGCCAUGGUGGACCGGGGCCCUCUGCUCACCUCGGCCAUCAUCUUCUACCUGGCCAUCGGGGCGGCGAUCUUCGAGGUGCUGGAGGAGCCGCACUGGAAGGAGGCCAAGAAGACGUACUACACGGAGAGGGUGCGUCUGCUCAAGGAGUUCCCGUGCCUGGGCCAGGAGGGCCUGGACAAGAUCCUGAGGGUGGUAUCAGAAGCUGCGGGACAGGGCGUGGCCAUCACCGGGAAUCAGACCUUCAACAACUGGAACUGGCCUAAUGCCAUGAUCUUUGCAGCCACCGUCAUCACCACUAUUGGCUAUGGCAACGUGGCUCCCAAGACGUCCACCGGACGCCUCUUCUGCGUCUUCUACGGGCUCUUCGGCGUGCCGCUCUGCCUGACGUGGAUCAGUGCCCUGGGCAAGUUCUUCGGGGGACGUGCCAAGAGGCUGGGCCAGUUCCUCACUCGGAGAGGCGUGAGCUUGCGGAAGGCCCAGAUCACGUGCACAGCCAUCUUCAUUGUAUGGGGUGUCCUGGUCCAUCUGGUCAUCCCACCCUUCGUGUUCAUGGUGACCGAGGAGUGGAAGUACAUCGAGGGCCUCUACUACUCCUUCAUCACCAUCUCCACCAUCGGCUUCGGUGACUUUGUGGCUGGUGUGAACCCCAACGCCAACUACCACGCCCUGUACCGCUACUUCGUGGAGCUGUGGAUCUACCUGGGCCUGGCCUGGCUGUCGCUGUUCGUCAACUGGAAGGUGAGCAUGUUCGUGGAGGUCCACAAGGCCAUCAAGAAGCGGCGGCGCAGGCGCAAGGAAUCCUUCGAGAGCUCCCCGCACCCCCGCAAGGCCCUGCAGAUGGCGGGCGGCCACGGGGCCCACACCAAGGACAUCAACAUCUUCAGCUUCCUGUCCAAGAAGGAGGAAACCUACAAUGACCUCAUCAAGCAGAUCGGAAAGAAGGCCAUGAAGAAUGGCGGGGGUGGGGACAGGGGCCCGGGCCCGGGACCGGGGCCCGGGCGGGGGCUGCAGGCAGGAGAGCUGACGGGGGUCCCCGCCUCCCUGGCGCCCCUGGUGGUCUACUCCAAGACCCGAGUGCCCAGCCUGGAGGAGGUGUCUCAGACGCUGAGGAGCAAAGGCCACGUGGCCCGGCCCCCCGGCGAGGAGGCAGGGCCCCCGGCCCCCAGGACGGACGAGGACUUGGACUCCCCAGGCUCGGAGGUGUUCGUGAAUCAGCUGGAUCGCAUCAGCGAGGAGGGCGAGCCGUGGGAGACGCUGGACUACCACCCCCUCAUCUUCCAGAACGCCAGCAUCGCCUUCGCCAACGAGGACGCCGGCCUGUCCGACGAGGACACCUCCAAGUCCUCCCUGGAGGACAACCUGGUCGGGGAAGAGCAGCCCCAGGAGGGGCCUGUGGCCGAGGCACCCCUGACCCCGGGCGAGUUCCCCUCGUCCGACGAGUCCACCUUCACCAGCACCGAGUCGGAGCUCUCCGUGCCUUACGAGCAACUGCUGAACGAAUACAAUAAGGCAGACGGCCCCCGAGGCACGUGAGGGGGGGCCGGCCCCCCGCCCCGCCGCCGGUGGCCAGGGCCCCUGGGAGAGGGGGCAGUCCUGGAAGUGGACGUGGGGGGCCGAGGCCUGCCUUUCCCUGCUUCCCCUCUGCGCCAGGCCCA